AUAGCAUGGUCGGUUAAGUAUCGCCCUUUCGUAUAUGAACGGUGUCACCACCGUCGCCAUUAUAAUUUCUCAAGAUGGGAUACCCCACGGCAUGACCGUCUCGAACUGGUUAUGUGUCAGGAGAGAGGAAUAGUAGAAUGCGAAUGCGUUGAUUACACUUGCGGUAAAUGGUGCGCACACGUGAUCAGGUGUCGUGUUGGCGCGUUGGCGCGUCGCAUCGCAUAAUUGUAGUAAAACGCCGCCACCACAGAUCUCAGCUGCCAGUCAACUAGCAAUAUUGAAACCAUACUUUUGUGACUUUGAUAAGGCAUUAUAUACAACAAGAAAGGAAACAGUAAUACCGUCAAUUCCCACCAUGGGGAGCCGCGAAGAGGAGCUUCAGCUCUUCGACCAGUGCAAGAUCUGUAUAAUAUGCUCGAAAGACCUCAGCCUCGAUACGGCGCACCAGCUUGCGACAACCCUCGAGGAACAGGGUGGUGAAUCCGUCAUUUAUGAACCGCCCGCUGCGUUCCCACCGUUACAUGAAUUUAGCCAUCUCGUAUCUACCACCAUCGAUUUCCCGACAUUUGACGCUGCCAAUGAUGCUCUGAUCCCUGUCGUCAAACCGCAAUGGCUGCAUGCAUGUCUUAAUAAAAGAAAGCUGGCAAAUCCGCGACAGUACAGUCCCGACCCACGACUAUUUUUGAACGAUGUUGUGGUUACCUGUGGUGAUAUCCCAGAAGGCGAUAAGGAUGCGAUUAUCGGUGGUGUGCUGGCAAAAGGGGGGCUCUAUAGCCCCAGGAUAACACAAAUGGUCACUCACUUGGUCGAUCUGACCACGGACUCAGACAAGGCUCGAGUGUCUCUUGGCAAGAAGUUGAAUGUCAAGAUAGUGCUUCCGCACUGGUUUGACGACUGCCUGAAACUCGGACGACGAAUCGACGAGCGCCCAUAUAUUCUGCCAAACCCAGAAAUCCUCCGUGCAGGCCCCGAUGCGCCGAUCCGCUCUACAGAGAACCGAGAUAUUGUCGGAGCUUCCACAGCCGAACCAACUACUCUACCGACACCUCGGCCAAAGCUCGAUGUAUUUGAAGGGAAGCACGUCAUGCUUUCCACAGACCUUGGGAUUGGCUCGCACUUAUUAGAUUCGAUCACAGAGAUUAUCGAGGAAGGCGGAGGCACUGUCACAUCUGAUGUCUCCAAGGCAGAAGUCUUGAUAUGUCGUUACAGAGAAGGCUAUGCGUAUCGCUUGGCGUCGAGGCUGAAUAAAGAGGUUGGAAACUUAUCUUGGCUUUACCAUUUGGUAACAUACAACACCUGGACUUCGCCGCUGCGGCGAUUGCUGCACUACCCUGUGCCGCGCACUGCCAUCCCGGGCUUUGAAGGAUUCAAGAUCAGUUUGUCCAAUUAUGUUGGAGAAGCUAGAGCUUAUCUGGAAAAUCUAGUCGCCGCAUCAGGUGCAGAAUGUACUAAGACCUUGAAACAAGACAACACACAUUUGGUGACUGCUCAUGGAAACAGUGAAAAGUGCUCCGCAGCGAAAGAAUGGGGACUGCAUGUGGUCAAUCACCUGUGGCUUGAAGAGAGCUAUGCAAAGUGGAAGCUGCUGCCGGUUUCCGAUCCCCGUUAUACGCACUUUCCUCGACGGACCAACCUAGGCGAGGUAGUCGGUCAAACACGGCUGGACAGGAGUGUUCUCGAAAGCCUCUUUUUCCCUUCAGACCACAAACCUGAAGCUGCCACAAGCCCGCGUCGAGUUAUGCAGAACAAGGAUCAAAAUGCUACAACCGGAAAGGCGACAGCUUCCAUGCAGCUACCACGAGUGAAAGGACCGGAAGAAGAUGACGGAGAUGCCUCGGAUACAGGGAAUGCAACACCAGCCGGCAAGUCGCGGAAACUCUCAGAUAGCAGGAAGCUACAGACGCCUGCGCGUACCCGACUUACGUCGGAAGGCAAGGAGAAUGAUACGCCAUCCUCCACAAGCAGUCGGAAGUCCAAGGAAGCCGCGGCUGCCCGUCUCCAUGAUAUUGCCCCGGAUAUUGCAUUGUACGAGAAGGAAAAGAAGCGUGUUGGUGGUGUGAUCUAUGGAGGUCGCAGGAAGACGGAUGAGGAUCGCGUUACAUUAAAUGCUAAGAAGCGAAGAUCACUCGAGCCUGAGGUCAGGAGCGAUGAGGACGAAGCGACAGAGGCAAAGAGGCAGAAGAAAUCAAAGCCUCCCGUGACAAUGCAUCUAUUAAUCACUGGGUACCAGAAGUGGGUAGGAAACAUGAAGAAAGAAGAUGCAGACAAGCGACAACUUCGAGAGCUUGGAGCCCAGGUUGUCCAAGAUGCCCGGAAAUGUUCUCACCUUGCCGCCCCGUCUAUACUUCGAACGCCUAAGUUCGUCAACGCGCUUGCUUAUAGCCCAAUAAUUAUUAGCACCGAUUUCAUUACAGCAUGCCUUAAAAAGAACGAGCUUUUAGAUCCUGCCGGUUUCCUUUUGGAGGACAAGGCUGCAGAAAAGCGAUUCGGGUUCUCUCUAGAGGUAGCCUUAAGCAACGCCAAGAAUAACAAGAACAAGCUGUUGCAGGGGUAUCAGAUCUAUUGUGUCGACGCCAUCCGAGGGGGUUUUGAAGCCUUCAAGUCAAUUGUUGACACUAAUGGAGGCAAUUUUUCGCUCUUCCGCGGACGCGUCUCGUACCAAACACAACGAGAAGAGAGCGAUGAUGACAGUGACGAAGAUGAUAACUGGGGUCGGAAAGAAGUGUAUCUUCUCAGCAGUGUAGUACCCGAGCACCAAAGGCUAUGGCCACGGUUCCGCCAGAUGGUUCAGGGUAUUGGGAAAACACCGCGGAUUGUACGCGUCGAUUGGCUUCUUGACAUUGUGAUGUCGCAAGAAUUGCGCGCAGCAGAUGAGUAUGAGCUGAGUGAAGACAUGGCCGACAAGAUGGAGGAGUAAGCUCAUGUCUAGACGGGAGUUAAGGUGUUCCUGUGAGAUGGUUUUGCUUUUUGCUUGUCCAGGCUUUUCUGGGCCUCCCUCUCGGGGUUCUUGAC